UGUCCCGAGUGUGGGAAGAGGUUUCAGACCAGCUCAGAUCUCCUCGUGCACCAGCGGAUUCACACGGAUGAGAGGCCUUUCCGCUGCCCCGACUGUGGGGAGGGCUUCAAGCGAAACUCCCACCUCAUCAGGCACCGGCGCAUCCACACUGGGGAGAGGCCCUAUGAGUGUGGGGAAUGUGGGAAGGGCUUCAGCCAGAGCUCCAGCCUGAUCUGCCACCAGAGGAUCCACACUGGGGAACAGCCCUAUGAGUGUGGGAAGUGUGGGAUGACCUUCAGCCAGAUGUCCCAGCUGACCAUCCACCAGCGCAUCCACACUGGGGAGAGGCCCUACGAGUGUCCCGAGUGUGGGAAGAGGUUUCAGACCAGCUCAGAUCUCCUCGUGCACCAGCGGAUUCACACGGAUGAGAGGCCCUUCCGCUGCCCUGACUGUGGGAAGGGCUUCAAGCACAGCUGCACCCUCAUCAGGCACCAGCGCAUCCACACUGGGGAGAGGCCCUAUGAGUGUCCCCAGUGUGGGAAGAGCUUCUCCAGGAGCUCUACCUUGACCAGACACCAGCAGAGGCACCGGUAAGGGAAGCCCUGUGAGUGCCCCAAGUGCAGGAAGAGCUUUGUGCACUUCCCUGCUCCAUCCCCCACCAGAGGAUGCGCAUUGGGCAGAGCCCUGAUGACCCACGUUCCCAGUGAUCUGUGUUGGGAAGACACUGGGCUGGUGGUCAUUUUAUUUUGGUUCUAUCUUUUGAUUCAUCUUCAUCCCUUUAAAACAGAUAAAAUUGGAAUAAAAGUCUACAAAUUCAUCAAAGGCAUCUAAAACCUCACAUUUACCGGUGCUUCAGGGGAAUCUGGGAUUCAGGGAGCGUCGCUGUCGGACACGAAAUAAGUCACACGGACACAGCUCAAGAGAUGAUGAAGAAGAAGUGAACUUUAUUUCUUCUCUCACAAUUUAUAGCUUUCUGACCAUGGCCAGGGAUUGGGUAGUCAGGAUAGCCCCUUUCUAACCACACUGGCCGUAAGACAUGUCCAUCAAGAGACGUCUAACAGAAGGAAUGCACAAGUAUCUAUGUUUAUAGUUUCUAUCCUGGGAAAAUUCUUUAGAAACUAUGUCAACAAGCUCUGAAGCUGAGUUUUCAGGGCGACAAGGGAUGUACAUGGGAGGGUUUUGGAGGCAUUUGGUGUAGUUGUCUCCAUUUCUUGGCACUCAAGGAGAUGAGAGAGUUCGAUCUAUCACCUUUAAACCACUCAGUGCCAUUGAAAUCUACUCAAUCCCACACCAAAAUUGCUGCAUUCCACAGCCCCUCAGCAUGUGAUGCCUUAAGUUUUAGCUUUCCUAUUUUUCAUAUUCUGCACUGCCUAGGUUUGUAGUUUUGAACUUCCUAUUAAGUGUUAGUGAGCUCUCUUCACAGAGUAGGUAGACAAAACAAUUCCUUUUCUAGCUUGAUACCAAGGACAGUCAU